GGCGCCGAGUACAAAACUUUACGAAAGCUCGUAGAUGAAACGACCGAGUUUGCCGAACAUCGCUGAAUUACCGCGGCGCCGGCUGACCGGAUCCUCAGACCACCACGACGCUUCGCCGCGACAACCAUUGAGCUGCGACCAACCGAUGUCAGGCGGCGGCGGCUUGACGUCAACGACGGCGGUGUUCGGGGGCCAACUGUGGUGCGCGCGGACUACGUCCGAAGGCCGCUGGCUGGUGCGCUCCUUCAGAGCUGACGGCCAACAGGGCGACGCUUGCGAAGCGGUCCCGUGCGGCGAUGACCUCGUAGUGACAGCGCCUGGUGCCGGCCACAGCAGGCGCGAUUGCGAGCUCACGCGCGUUCCUUGCUGGUCGAACGGGCUCGAGACGCUCGUGCUGCGUGCCGGAGACUCGGUUCACGUGUGGGACGACGAGAGCGCUGCAUUCCAACGCGCAGCCGAAGAUGUGGCGGCCGGCGCUUCGCAAUGCGCCGUGUUCGACGGUCCCACGUUGGUUCUGCUGUCCCCUGGCCGCUUGCGGCUGGAGCCGCUGCCCCAAACGGGUAGCGGUCCCGUCGUGGUCACCUUGGACGAACAAGAGCCGGUCCAGGGAAUCCUGUCCGGUACCAGCUGCCAGGUGGCAAUCUCUGAAGUUUCCUGCGAGCCAUCCUGGAUACUUCUUUGCGUCCUCGCACUAAGGGAAGGGGCGUACUUCGUCGCGGCUUCCGGAACCCGGACGACCCGACUACCGGCGAGCCUGUUCCUGGGCUCCUUGUACGAAAGCUCCAGUCUGAUGGCUUGUCUAGUCACCCUUCCUUCAGGACACGGCGAAGCACCGGUUGCUCCUUGGGACCAGCUGAAGACAGUGUUCGGUGGCAACGUGACCGUAGCGUGCACCGCGUCCGGCUCGGUGCUGGUAAUCGAAUCUGGUUGCCCCCGGUAUCGGUGCCAGCUGCCUUCUUCGAACGUUGCACGGCUUCGAGGAAGCUUCUUUUGCGGCAGCCUGGACUAUGUGCUCGUCUCGUUUGGCUCCGGUGGCGGUGCGGUGAUUUCUCAGGAUGCAAGCGGAAGGUUCCGGUUGGGUGAAUGCAUUGAACCUGGCCUCGAGAUCUGCUGUGGCGACUUGUUGGGCUUAGGCAGCGAGCAGGUCGUAGCCUGGGAGCCGGCAAGUAGCCACAUCCGCUGCCUUCAGCCAAGCCGAUUUGUGGGGCAGCAUGAAGGAGGAGACGAGGAAGCGGCGGCAGCCGGUAGCCAGGCCUCGCAGGUCCUGGUGAAUCUACUGCAGUACUACUCGGGCGCCAGCCAGGCAGCACUCGAGAAGCUCCGAAGAGCGCGGGAGCAGGCAGAGGCGUUGCUGCAUGAGACCACUCAGCAGUCAUCAGCUGCCGACAACAAUCCCACAGGAAACGCGGCACUGCUUCCCGUGCUUCCGAUGGAGCAGCAGCCAAUGGAGCAAGUGGAGCAGGCUGCGCAAGUUCCGGAAAAAGCCAAGCUUCUGGACUCCUGGGCCCACGUCUGGGGCCGUCGGCUGCUUCUGGGCUUCCGCUUUAGCUGGCCGUCUGGCUUGGAGCACCAGUCACCCACCGUGCUUGUAGCGAGUCCUGGGGUCACGUUCGGCGUCAAGACGUCGCUCGAGGAAGACGCCCUGGUGGUCGGUGCAAGCUGCGGCCUUCCUGGCAGCACUGCCGGCCCAAUGACGGUCUGCAUCCUCGGAGGUUCCACGCUUCGGCACCAGUGCGUCAUCGAUGUGCACCGGUUGCCCUGGUGCAAACAGGGACAGGUGCCUCCACGACUCGCCCUCUGGUCGCUCACCGCAGCGCAGCCUAGCCGCCACUUCUCCGCCUCAACCUCGGUGACCUGGAGGCUGUCUUCCCUGGAUGGCCUGACGCGGCUGUACAACACGCUGUACGUCUGCUGCGACGGGGCCUCGCCCCUCUUCCAGGCCAACGUUGAGCUGCUACCCGAGGGAGGGCUCUGCCUCCGUGCGCAGGACGAGGAACAGCUCUCCUUGUUCGAGCAGUGGUUGUGGCGACAGUUGCCGGGCGCCAAGGAAGGCAUGACGCGAGUGUGCUCGUCGACCGUGCAAACACGGCUCGCCACUCUGCUUCGCUCCGAGGUGCAGGGAGUGCGGGCCCUGCUGCACGAACCAUACGUGGAAGCCCGUCGCUCGCUCCAGAGCACCGAGGGGCAAACGGACUUCCUGGCGCAACUUGUCACCGACACGACCUGACGCCUUCGGGAUCACAUUUAUGGGAUCAGCCUUCUGAAC